AUGAAAGGAGCAAUCGAUAAACCAGAGUUCUUGGCUACAGAUGCCUUGAUUCCGAAAACUACGACGGAUCUAGACACUAAUCCUGUGAUGAGUGAUCUUUCAGUGCCGUUGCAGAUGAAUAUAGGUACUGAACAGUUUUCUCCGAACAGCAACGCUACGAUCGAGCAGGUUCGCUCCGAGAGUUCCACCGAUAUUGAUGAAUUGAGCCAGCUGGAGCCAGUCGAGAACAAGGAUACAACUGCUGUCUCUCAUGAGCCAAAUAAGACUACUUUACACAGGCAUUCUGGGCCAGCGUUGGCUCAGGGAAGAUCUCUUACCUUCUCACUUGACAGUAAUGCUAGAGCUAAACGUUCUAGUAUUUAUGAGUCAAAAUCCACAGUCACGGCUAUCCCUAUCAGGAAUCCAACAAACAGCAUGAGACAGCAUUACCGUGAUAAUGAAGAUGCUCUCUCGAUGAAAAGUGGCUCUUCUUCCAUGACAGCAUCUCUGUCUAGAAGCUUUUUGUUUGGAUUUUAUCACAACCGGAAGAAGAAUCAGAAGAACACCAAGAGCGUUAUCUCGAAGGAGUAUUGGAUGAAAGACGAUAGCGCCAAGGAAUGUUUUACAUGCGGGAAGAGCUUCAACACUUUUCGGAGGAGGCAUCACUGCAGAAUCUGCGGACAGAUAUUUUGCAAUAGCUGUACGUUCUCUGUAUCUGGCGAGAGAUUUGGCUCUGAUGGGACAAUGAGAGUUUGUAAUCACUGCUAUGAGCAUGCUAACAACUACGAGGAUUCAAGUGAUGAAGAGUCUGCUGUUGAUCAGGCUAGCCAUUACCGCAAUUCUGAUGAUCGCUACAUUUUUGCUGCUCAUGAAAAGUUGCCGAGUCAACAUCUUGGCGACCAUGAAUGUGCUGCUGGCGAUCCUGUAAUCUGCUCUCAUAAUCAAGAUGAUAUUCCAUUUGAUGAUGACGCAGACGCUCAAAGUGUGAUCACAACUGCAGAGGGUGAUUCCAGACUUCUUGUCUCCACCCCGCCUCCGCCUCCAAAAAUGGCCAUACCAGCGACGAGACAGGGAGAAUCGCUGGAAAUAUCCUUUCCGGUCAGCAAUACACUAACUGAUCAGUGGCAUCAUGAUAGUAUUAUGAGCUCCGGGCAUGGCUUAAGAGAUAGGUAUACCAUAAAGGACGUUGACAUGCUCUCCUCUUUUGAUAAUAAUCAUGCAGCAACUCGUCCGUCACCUAGCAAAUCGAAUGGUAAGCCAAGUAAACAUUCGCUGAGAAGAUCAUUAUUCAACUACGUUGGGAACAACCGUCCAACUUUAGAAAAAGCAGCAACUACCGGUAAUGCCAACAACAUAAUCGGGAAUGUGGAUAGCAAAAACUAUAAAUUCGAGUUCAAUUAUAGAAAAGGUGCACAUCGUGGCUCGAUAUCGAGUGCUCGAAGGGAAAAUCCUUUACAAAGGCAGCAAAGCGAUUCUAAGGAGUCAAAUUCGUCGCCGGACGACGAUACGUCAGAAGAUGAAGGUUCUAUGUCAAUAUAUUCCGCCUUAAACGAUACCAUGCAGUCUAGCAAUCCAAUUAGAUCGAUGCGAACAUCUACUAAGUCAUUUCAAAGGGCCGAAGCAUCCCUGCAAAGGAUGCGUUUUAGACGCAAGAGCAAAAGUAAACCUAACCUCACUAAAUCGCACUCGUUCCAUAGCGGCUGGGACCUUUUCAACAAUAGUACGCCCAAUCUAAUUUCCAUUGUCAACGAGGACAAAGCGUUUGCACCUUUUUCGAACGAAGCAAAUACAAUACAAAAACCGAAAGGUAAGAUAGGUCUUAAUGGUUCCUGGAAAAGAGUCUCAAGCCCAAGCAUUGUGACGCCGGAAGGUAAGAAUGAACUGAGCGAAGUUUCAUCUUUGCAUAUGGAGGCGCUAUUGGAUCAGGUUUUGAAUGAUCAGAAUCUUGAUGGCAAGAAUGAAUGGAAAGAAUUGCUGAAGGAAUUUUUUCUCAAGAUUCAGGCUAUUAGACUUAACGCUAGAGAUUCUGGUACUCUUGAUUUUCGCCAAAACUACGUCAAAAUUAAAAGAAUUCCUGGAGGUAAUUUUGAGUCAUCUGAAUAUAUAAAUGGGAUAGUCUUUUCGAAGGCCUUACCUUGCAAAUUGAUGCCAAGAAUUUUGGACAGUCCCCGUAUCCUGCUAAUUAUGUUUCCGCUAGAAUAUCAGAGAAAUGAGAACCAUUUUUUAAGCCUUAAGACGGUCAUGGCACAAGAAAAAGAAUAUCUCGAUAAGCUUGUGGCGCGGUUGACGUCUCUUGGUCCGAACGUUUUACUUGUCGGUGCAAACGUUAGUGGAUAUGCAAUGGAGCUCUUAACCAAAGAAGGAGUUGUGGUUCAAUUCAAUUUGAAGCCGCAGGUUAUUGAGCGUAUCGCCAAACUGACGGAGGCUGAUAUUGCUAUUUCUGUGGAUAAACUUGCGGGAAAUAUAAAAAUGGGCGCUUGUGAAAGGUUUGAAGUCAAAUCGUUCAUCUACCAGAAUGUAAGUAAAACCUACACUUUCAUUCGCGGUUGCAACCGCGAGCUAGGUGGUACCGUCUUGUUGAGAGGCGAAAACGAGGAGAUAUUGCGGAAGCUCAAGGAUGUCUCCGAAUUUAUGGUUUAUGUCGUUUUUUCUUUGAAAUUGGAAAGUGCACUAUUCAAUGAUAAUUUCCUCAAACUUUCUACUAAUCACUAUCUCGAAGGAAGACGCGCCCAACAACAGGAGAAGUUGGUCGGAUACUUUAGUGAAUUCAUGGAAAAAUUUAGAGGGAGGAUUCUGACAACCUCGCCCUCAGUUGAAUUCCCCAUCCCUUUUCUUCUUAAAAGGGCUCGAGAACUGGAACAGGAAUUGAUCAGAAAACGGAAAGAAUUUGCGAAGCUAGGAUUAGAUGAGGAAACAGCCAAGAUAUUUGGUGCUGAAUCACAGUCUCUGAUUUCGACAUUGACCAAGAAGGAUUGCAACUAUCUGGUAAAUUUUGUUCAUGAAAAAGAGCUGAGUUACUUAGAGUUGCAAUUUCAACGGAAAAAUAGACAAUGGGAGGUUUCCUAUGCGCAAUCACGUAAUAUGCUAGGGACAGGGUCUCACCAAUGUAUUACGUUGUUAUAUUCAAUGGUCUCGACAAAGACGGCCACUCCUUGCAUUGGACCUCAGCUUGUCACAAUAGAUUACUUCUGGGACAGUGACAUAUCAAUCGGGCAGUUUAUUGAGAAUGUCGUUGCAACGGCGUUCUACCCAUGCCGCCAAGGUUGUGGCGGUGAGCUGAUUGAUCAUUAUAGAAGUUAUGUUCAUGGCUCAGGUAAGGUGGAUGUACUCAUCGAGAAAUUUCAGGCACGACUCCCGCGGCUAAGAGACAUAAUUGUCACUUGGAGCUACUGCAAGAAAUGUGGUGCGACAACUCCGAUUCUCCAGGUUAGCGAGAAAACGUGGAACUAUUCUUUUGGCAAAUAUUUGGAACUAAUGUUUUGGAGCAAGAAGGAAAGCGUGGCGGGAAUCGGAAAGUGUAUUCAUGAUUUUGCUACAGACCAUGUUAAAUAUUUCGGGUUUAAUGGUUUGGUUGUUCGUAUUGACUAUUCGGACUUGGAAGUUCAUGAACUUGUGACUCCACCACGCAAAAUAACGUGGACUCCCUACAAAGAUAUCAAGAUGAAAGUUGAGCUUUACUACCAGAUUUUAGACAAGAUAAACGCUUUUUAUGAUAGCGUCCUCAGUCGCUUAGAACGUGUGAAAUUAGAUAGUAUGUCUGGAGACAGACUUCUAGCUGGUCAGUCGGCAAUCGAGGAGCUGAAGUCUAAGGUAGGUGAAGAAAAGGCUCUUAUCAUACAAGACCUGGAGAGAUUAUACAGAAAAGAACCCGGUGAUCAGCAUAUUCAUUUGAACUUUAUCAUCAAAACGCUUCAUGACAGGGCGGUUAGUUGGGAUUCUGAAUUUACUGACUUCGGUAAGCGAUUUUUACCAUCUGAGACCGAUAUCACUCGUAUUACUUCUCGUCAACUGAAGAAACUAUUCUCGGAUUUCAAACCUGAGGAAGACGUGGGACAGCAGAUAAAUACAAAGAAAGAGAUUGAAAAAUCGGAUAAUUCUUCAUGUCCAAAUUCUAAUGAGUCUCCAAUCACAGGACAAGAUGUGGAGGAAUUGCGUGCAAUGCUUUCAGCUGGUGACAAACCACCGCUCCAAGACAAACCUGAGGACGGAGCGGUUUCCGCAGCGAAAGUAAGCGAUGAUGAGGAAAGUGCAGCAGUCACUAAUGUUUCUAGCGAUGAUCAUUUUAAUGGGAACGAUGCACCAUUGUCUGUCAAUAAAUCCUUUGAUAAGGGCGUUGUUUCGAAUUUGAUAAACUCACGGAACGUGAGCACCACAAGUAACUCCUCGUCCGUUGGAAGGCGGCGCAGCACUAGCACGAAAGUUGGGCAGCUGGCUAACUUUUUUGAUCAGAUGCAUUUUGACGCAUUGUCGAAGGAAUUUGAGCUUCAACGGGAAAAAGAGAGAGUACAGUUGAAUAAAAACAAAUACCAAGCAUUGAGACUUCACACUUCCACUCCCAUAGUUGAAAUAUACAAGAAUGUGAAAGACGCCGUUAAUGAGCCUUUGCAUGAUUUAGCGAAAUAUAAGGACUCCAGGAUCAAAGAUACAACUGACAAGGUUACCGGUAAUUCCAAUAAGCACAAAAUGCAACAGAAACUUGAAAGCCAGUUGGAGAACUCUAUACAUCAGUGGGGAGAACAAGUCCUACAGGAAGAUCAUGAAAUCCCGAAACAUGAGACUCCAAGCAUUAUUGUUUCGACUGACGGUAAGGAAAUAAAUACAAGUGAGCCAUUACCACCAGUCACCACUUCAACUACCGCCAACAAAGAUGGGUCUAACAACCAGCCUGAGAAGUCACUUUUGAUGAAGGCGCUCGCCAACUUUUGGGCUGAUAGAUCCGCCUCUUUAUGGAAGCCACUAAAUUACCCAACUCUGCCAACAGAACACAUUUUUGUGGACAACGAUGUAAUCAUUCGAGAAGAUGAGCCUAGUUCUCUCAUUGCAUUCUGUUUGAAUACUUCGGACUACAAGCAGAAGAUGGCAAAUUUGGAAAAUAUGCAGCAGCCUACAAGCGCAGCGCCUACGGAGUUCAGCACUGAUACUAGUGCAAAUGGAUCAGAAUCUAUUGGUAUCGAGAAAGAACUUAACAUAUCAAGAGAUUCUUUCUCGAAUUCCCACGCGCCAAGCGAGGUCCCCGUCUCAAUGGAACCCCAGACUUCAAAAAUUCCAGCACAGCCAACUGUGAGUGAAUCGGGUGGGAAAUUAGAAUCCAUCAUGACGAAAUCAACGGCAGUUCACUUGAGAUACCAAUUCGAAGAUGCUCUCACGGUGAUGUCUUGCAAAAUUUUUUUUGCUGAGCAUUUUGAUGCCUUCAGAAGAAUAUGCGGUUGCCAUGAGAAGUUUAUUCAAAGCCUUUCAAGGUGCGUCAAAUGGGAUUCUAGUGGCGGUAAAAGUGGGAGCGGAUUUCUCAAGACUUUGGAUGAUCGAUUUGUCAUCAAAGAACUAUCUCAUUCCGAGUUGGAUGCAUUCAUAAAAUUCACUCCAAGCUACUUCGAAUACAUGGCCCAGGCAAUGUUCCAUGACCUACCUACAGCUUUAGCCAAGAUUUUUGGGUUCUAUCAGAUACAGGUAAAAAGCUCAAUAUCUGGCUCCAAGAGCUACAAAAUGGAUGUCAUCAUAAUGGAGAACCUGUUUUAUGAAAGAAAGAUCUCACGAAUUUUUGACUUGAAGGGCUCCAUGCGAAAUAGGCACGUCGAACAAACCGGGAAGGAAAACGAAGUGCUGCUGGAUGAAAACAUGGUCGAAUACAUCUAUGAGUCUCCGAUUUACGUUAGAGAAUACGAUAAGAAGCUUUUGAGAGCAUCUUUAUGGAAUGACACUUUAUUUCUAGCCAAGAUGAAUGUUAUGGAUUAUUCACUAGUUGUUGGGAUAGACAAUGAGGGGCACACACUAACGGUAGGCAUAAUCGAUUUCAUUCGGACUUUCACUUGGGAUAAGAAACUGGAGAACUGGGUUAAAGAAAAGGGUUUGGUUGGUGGCAGUAGUAGCAAAAAGCCGACUGUUGUUACUCCCAAACAGUACAAGAACAGAUUUAGAGAGGCCAUGGAGCGAUAUAUACUGAUGGUGCCUGACCCAUGGUAUCAAGGGAUCUUCUAA